AUGGAGAGAAGUAUCAUUUAUAAAUACAAAAAUAUAUUCACAUCCAGCAAUCAAGUGAACAAAUAUUUAAAGAGAAUAUGUACACUGAUUAAUGUUUGUAAGAGCGAUUUAAACAUAUCAAAUUCAAAUCGUGGUAUUAGUUUAAUAUGCAGUUUGAGUAUAAAAAAUAAUGAUUUUACGUCAAAAAAUAUUUCUAAAAUGUCUAUUGAUGCUAAUUACAUUUUGGUCGUUGAAAAACAAUCAAUUUUUCACUAUCUAACCAGUAUAAAGUUUUACAAUAUAUUACCAUGUAUUCUAAUUACUGGCAGCGGUUUUCCUAGUUUUGAUACACGGAACAUUUUAAAUAAAAUAAUAACCAAUACGAAGUUGGCUGCACUCUAUUUGGGAGAUUAUGAUCCAUAUGGCAUGCUUAUUUACUUAACAUACAUUGAAGCAUUAGAUUGUGACAAUAUUUGCUGCUUUAAAUACCUGGGAGUUACUAAUAGCGAUUUAAAAUCAGUAGAAAGUGCCAAUAAAGUUAAGCUCACGAAUAAUGAUAAACGUAUGAUUGAUAUGCUAAUUGUUAGAUUGGGGGACAGGAUAGCCACAGGAAAUAAACUAAAACAAAUGCUAGUUAAAAUGAAGGAAUCCAGUUUCAAGGUGGAAAUUGAAGCGCUGCAAUCCAUUUGCGAUGAUUUUCUAGAAAAUUAUAUCACAAAAAAGGCACUACGCAACGAUACAAUUUGA